AAUUUUCCCCUUCCUUAGAGGAACAGCGAGUAUAAAACGGGCAACUGGAUUUAGGGUGGUGUUAAUGGGCGUACUCGCGGUUAACACCCUUAGCUUCAAAGGUGGGGAUGAAGGUAACUAUUCGGUACAGCUCGUAGUCUCGUGUCGUAUCGAGAAUAAAGUAUCUAGACUAAGAGAGCGAGCGUCGGAAAAGGCGUCGCGGGCAACGCCACCCGGAUUGGCGCCGGAACGCCAAUCCGGGCGUCGAGCCCUCAUUAUCGCCCAGCUAGGCGACGCGGAGAGGUCCAAGCGGAGCUUUAAACUCAGAACUUGUCAGUUCUCUCCACCGGUUUGUCGCGACUUUCGGGCCGAGUCUCUUGAGGAACAGAGAACAGAAAAGAGAAAAGUGGUCGGUCGUUGUAGGGGAAGAGAGGAGGAGCCCGGGUUGUCUCAGUGUUGGCGUUGCUGCCCUCCAGCAUUCACGCCUACCGAAGUUGCGCUGGGAGAGUCUCCCCUCUCGCUCGCUCCA